AGCGCAUCCUAUGCUGUGGUCCCAUCAUGCCUUCUCCGUGCUAUGAAAUUAAUACAGCCACUGAAAGCAAUGUAGCACAACAAGGCCACAUACUCGGCUCACAGAACGCGUUUGUUUGACGUUGUUUUUCUUUGCACUGGAGACGACGAAUGUUUAUUACACAGAUAUGACAAACCGCGGCUGUCGACAGAAUUCGUCAGCCCAUUUUCAUCAAAAUGCCCAAAUAACCAGUUGAGUUUGGACCUCAAAAUCUUCAUGAAAGACGUGCGUUCAAUGCGCCUGUGGUGGCCAUGGACGCCUUUAGCCAGAUCAUCCUUGUCAUCGCGGUGGUCAGUUUCUUCACCUUCCAGUGGUUGUUCCACAGCGCCAGCCCCUGGGUCUCCUCCAGAGUGAGCUCCGGCUUCCUGAGGCUCAGCCACAAGCAGAGGAUCGAGUGGAACUCCAGGACGGUUUCCACAUUUCAUGCCCUGGUGGUUGGGCUCUUCUGCCUCUACAUCCUGUUCUUUGAUGACGCUGUCAAUCAAGAUCCAGUGUGGGGUGACCCUACACUGGUCAAGAUAAAUGUGGGUAUCACCACUGGCUACCUCAUAUCUGAUCUGCUGCUCAUAUUUUACUAUUGGAGGGCGAUAGGGGACAAGUUUUUUGUAAUUCACCACCUGGCAGCAUUGUAUGCUUACUACUAUGUACUGGGCCAAGGAAUGUUGCCUUAUUUUGCUAACUUCCGUCUGCUUGCAGAGUUUUCAACCCCGUGUGUUAACCAGCGCUGGUUCUUCGAAGUGUUAGGUUACCCCAAGUCGUCGCGGCCCAACAUCGCCAACGGGGUUCUGAUGGCCGCCAUCUUCUUCCUGGUGCGCAUCGCGGUGAUGCCCGUCUACUACACGCGCAUGUGGGCCGUCUACGGCACCGAGGCCUUCUACCGAGUGCCCUUCGGCGGCCGCGGGGCCUGGAUCUUCUCCAGCAUCUGCCUGGACAUCAUGAACGUCAUGUGGAUGCACAAGAUCGCGCGCGGCUGCUACAGGGUGAUGCGGUCGCGCCACGGCCAUGGCGGCCACGACAAGAAACUAGCCACUGCCGCAGCCUCAGCCCCACUGCCUCAGGAGAACGGCAAGACCGAUUGAAAACUGAAAAAGUAUAAGGCGCACUGCACCACCACACGUGAGGAUGUUGAAACUUUGCUUUUUAAGUACAGUACACCCCCAACCCCAAUGCCCAAUGGACCUCCGUUUUUGUUCUCUUUUUUUUGGAUGGAAGGACUGAGAAGAGAUUCUUCUUGUUAUUCUUCUCAAUGCACAAGGGUUUCUUCCCCCUUUUUGUUUUGUUUUGUUUUUCUUUGACUUCCGUCCUAUCCUGGUUUCAUUGGCAUGAGCCCACAACUUUUUUUUUUACUGCUGUCAGGUUGGAUGGACACUGCAUUCUGGCGUUGACAUGUGAAGUGUCUUUUUUUUCUCCUCGAAAAAGAAUUCCCACCCCCUCCUGUCAGCAAUACUCCCAGUGCAUGGCCAAGUCUAAGUUUGUUGUUUGUUUUAAUUUAUUUUCAAUUAUUGUUUUGUGCUUUUCAAAAAAAAAAAAAAAGUAUGGCUCUUGAUAAAGUUGACCCUUUCUGUCUGCUCAUGACUCAUUCGAUGAGAGCCACACAGCGUUUGACACGAUACACUCUACCUAGAGACCUAGAGACUCCUGUGCUCCUGUGGCAAGGGAGUGUUGUUUACUUUCUUUUUAAAAAUGAGAAUGAGAAUUGUGUGCACAUCCGUACCCACUCUUUUUUGUAUUCAUGCUACGGUUGCUGCCUAUACAUGUAAAUUAUUGGGACGUGAGCAUGGAGCGGUAAGCUAAUCAUUUUUUUUUUAUUACUAUUAUUUAACACACCAAAUUGAUAUUGUCAACCUGCUUAAAUGUCCUGCCCAGCACACCCCCCCCCAAAAAAAAAAAUAUAAGGAAAAGCUAGGAAACCAAUGCCAGACCUCAGAGAAAAAGCUAUACCCCAGUGAUCACUGACGGCAUUGGCCACUUAAAUUAGGAAAAAAAGGUCUACCUAGCUGUGCAUGGUGCAGUUGGGGCCACAAAUCUUCAGGAAAUCAUUCAUCCAUGAUCCGUCCACACCAGGAGGGGUGCAUUCUGGACUCACUAAUUAGUCUGAUUUUUUCCGUUUUAUUUCACUUGAAAGCCCUGCAGGUACUUCCGACAGACGACAUAAAACCCCACAUUGCUUGCCAACUGAAGGACUGUACAAUCUCUGGAGGUGGACGACGUGUCCGAUGCUAUCUCUCACACCUUGAGGUGUUGAGGAGUAAAAGUGAUGGUCUUACACAGUAUCUGAUGGAAAAAAAAACAUCAGUUUUCUCUGUACAGUCAGUAGUUGCAUGAUGCAGUCUUGUUCUCUAAAUUUAAUUACAGUUUUGACAUGUGGGAAAAAAGCAUUGGGGAGAGCCGGUGUUAUACUUUUGUUAAUAUUAUGAUUUAGCUUGUUCUGUAAGUGUAUUCCAAUCAGUACUGAACUUGAAUUCUUUUUUUAAGUGAUUAAAAGGGUUAAAGGGACAUUGAGGUAUAAAAAAUGGCAAAACUAUGAAAGUUAGUUUAUGGUGAAUGUGCCCUCCGGGCCUCCGUAUGAGCCUUUUUGGUUUAUGUUUUAUGUUAUAAUCUGUGUGAAAAAAAUAUGUCUACAUCAUACACAUAAUUUAUUUAAACCAGUUUCACACUGGAGUCGCAUGUCAAAGUGUAGUACCUACCGUACAUAUUUAUUCUUUUAAAAAGGAAAUUAUAUGGAUGACAAAUACAGGUGUUUGUGAUGUAUCUACUGUAGAUAUGUAUUUAUGGGAAGCGUUCACAAUACCAUUUAUAUUCCUUAUGAUCAAUUGCGAAUGUGACUGAUAGAGUUGGCUUGUGUGGAGGGUAUAUUGAGUAUGCACAUACUACAUCUAUAACAAACGGUUGGAGGUAUCCGCCGAUGUUAAAAACUUUUUACAAAAUGAAUGAGUAUUUAAUGACAGUGAAGGAGAAGAAUUCUUGGGAGGUUCUUUUUUUUUAUUUUAAAUGAAACAAUCCAGCAAAAAUACUGUACUUGAAUUAACGCCCAAGUCUUUUGCCCACCCCUUAGCAUAGCUGUCUCUUUAUUCACUCUGCACAACUUCAAUCUGCAUUUACUGUAUGCCUCCAUGAAUUAUUAGAGAUUUGCUUUUCGUUCUGGUUGCCUUAUUUUCAAACAUUAUUUUUUUAUACUACUGCACAUUACUAUUUUGUUACGUAUUGUUCAGUGUCCACAUGUACAUUUGACUCCCAUAUUUUCCUUUACCAAUGAUUUGUAUGCCUUUCUUCAUUUGUCCUAAGAAAAUGUGAUGAUAAACUUGUAUACCGGUCAGGGAGAUUCAUAGAGAAUAUUAUACAGGAGAAAUGUUUAACAGUGUACUUACCAGCCCUACCAGCAUAGCCUAAGUCUUAGCAUGAUCUUACCGAACUGUUGUUUGUUUUAUGUGAAAACAUAAAUUCAGAUUCUGAUAAACAAAAGCCAAACUAUCUAAUAAGGGGUCAUGGUGAAAUGUAAAUGAUCAUGUUUUCUUCUGUCACACCGACACACGCACAUUGCAUGCUAAACAGCAUUGCCAGACUAUUAGUUUGCUUGCAUUCUGUACAGGGACUUGAGCACUGUAUAUCAUGCCAAAUAGACUUUAGUAAUAUGAUUAUUAUAUAUGUAGACACAAUCAACAAUACACAAGUGAAGUUUUUUUCUGUGUAGUAAAGAAAUGGCAUGUCCAUUCUUUGGCAAUGCUUUCACUUUUCAUUUCACAACAUUUAGAUUUGCAGUGUUACUAGGAUCGUCGAGAUGUUCAUAACCCCCCUUUUUUUGUUUUGUUGAAUGUUGAUUCAUUGUGUGGGAUGCAUGAAUGGAUAUUCUCCGCCAAUAUAUUACAUUGGAUGGAUCUUGAUGCUUGACCUAUAAACUUGUCCAGAAAAAUGUGACCCAAUCUCUUACAUGCAUUGUCAACUUUUUAAAAAAACGUUUGUUCACUGUACACACACAAAGCGUAGUGCAUUGGAAUGAAAGAUGUCACUAUUUCUUAAUGUGCUUUUCUCCAUUUUAUUUUUCCGUUGUUUUAGUUCCGUUGGGCCUUUGCAAAACAAUACUGUAAACAUUUACAAAAAGACAAGUUUUUUGUAAUGUUCUGUUUCCUCAUGUCUUGUGUUGAGCAUGGGCAGAGGCAUCACCUUGUGAUGUGACCUCCCGGAUUGUUUACACCCACUAACCAAAGUGUUGGGUCUCCGUAAAGGCCUCAUGUUCCCUCGGUGUAAAGACUUAUUUACCUGAUGGACGGCGAGCAUGUUCAUUUGUCAGCACUGGUUCUAUUUAUUUGUUUUAAUGUCUUGUUUUAAUUUCCUUUGGGAUGUUUGGUUUUUUGUAUUCAUUUUGAAACUGACCUUGUAAAGCCAUUUGCCUCAAUAAAGCAAUACAUCCACGAUAA